UACGUAAGGCACGCACGCACUCCGGUUUGCUGGCGGAGAAGAUGGCGGCUCCUGGACCGGGGGAGUAUUUUAGCGUCGGGAGCCAUGUCUCUUGCCUCACCUGCCUGGGCCAGCUCCUGCAAGGCGAGGUGCUCGCCUUCGACUACCAGUCCAAGAUGCUAACGCUGAAAUGUGCUUCCUCCAGCGGCAAGACUAACCUAAACGACGUCAUCCUGAUCAACUUAGCCUACGUUUCCGAAGUGGAAAUAAUCAAUGAUCGCACUGAGACUCCGCCCCCUCUAGCAUCGCUGAAUGUUAGCAAGCUUGCCAAUCGAGCGAGGACAGAAAAGGAGGACAAGCUGUCCCAAGCCUAUGCAAUCAGUGCCGGGGUGUCCGUGGAGGGCCAGCAGCUAUUCCAGACCAUUCACAAAACCAUCAAAGACUGCAAAUGGCAGGAGAAGAACAUCAUCGUGAUGGACGACGUCGUCAUCUCGCCGCCUUACCAGGUCGACAACUGCAAAGGCAAAGAGGGAAGCGCUUUAAGUCAUGUACGCAAAAUAGUGGAGAAACAUUUUAGAGACGUGGAAAGUCAGAAGUCCAUGCAGCGUUCACAAGCACAGCAAACACAGAAGGACUCCACUUUAUCUUCUUGAGGCGCCGCUCCCCGGGGAUGGGGAGUGGGGACGGGGCGGGGGGGAGGCCACACGGGCGCUCCCCGCUCCCGCCGCCACACCAAGUCGGCCAUUCCUUAGUCCACGAGGGUGGGAGCGCUGAGGUUCCUGGAUCAUGAAGAGCAAAAAUACCAUUUAAUGAAAAAGACAAAAAAAGUGAAAGAGAGGAAAGAUUAAAUCUUAAAUUAGACUUUAUAAAGAAUAAUUUAAAACAUGAACCAUAAAGCCACCAUAGUUUCCUUAACUAACUUGACCCCGCCCCCUGCCCCUCCCCCAUCCUCCAUCCAUCCUUCCUUCCUCUUCGCCUUCAGUUCCAUUUCAAAAAGAGAAAACUAGCGCAGUCAGAAAGGCUUGUUAGCUUUAUUUUCUGUCUUCUAUUUUUUUUUUUUUUUUUGCCGUAUCCAUGUUCUACUGUCUGUAUUUUCUGUAUUUUAAACAAAAUGUGACUUGAAAUGCCACACUUUAAAGGACAUUUUCUAAAAUAAAAGUAACAAAAAUUC